AUGGGCGACAAAGACGUCAGCACUACCACCGGAGACAUGAUGGACAAUGGUCUACCAGGAUGCCGGUGGUUUACAAAGGGAUGGGCGCUGCAAGAGAUCAUCGCCCCUCGAAAUCUCGAGUUCUACGACAGCUGUUGGACUCUCCGCGGAACGAAGGAGUCUCUACGUGAUACACUAGCCACGAUCACGAAGAUUGAUCCCGCAGCUUUGUGCGGCACUCGCCGUUUGCAAGACUACCCAGUGGCUGUCAAAAUGUCUUGGGCAUCGAAACGAGAAACAACAAGAGUUGAAGACUUAGCCUAUUGUCUGCUGGGCUUAUUCGACGUCCACAUGCCUAUGAUCUACGGCGAGGGCGAUAACGCUUUCAUCCGAUUGCAGGAGCCCAUAUGCAAAAUGACUAACGACCUAUCGUUAUUCUCAUGGACGUCGAAACCAGACCCUCGAAAUGUCAGUCGUGGGGUCUUCGCAAGCUCCCCUGAAGAAUUCAGGAGCUGCGGCGGCAUCGUGCGGUUUUCGCGGAGUUUCAGGCGGGAUGUCAAGUUCGCAAUCACUAACAGAGGACUGCGAAUAGAACUCGGAGUCACUGAAUAUUCACAGGCCACUGGCAUUAUCAUCAUGAUGUUGGACUGCUUUGAUACUCUGAGGCUCACUGAUGGUCGACCGUCAUCUAUCGGACUAUAUCUCUUCCCAACUGGAAAUGAGGUUGUUCGAAUCCACCCUGAUAAAUUGCAUGACGACGGGACGCUCUGGAACCGCUUCCAGAACAGGUGUACCAUCUAUAUGAGAGAACAUAUUCCGGUGGAAGAGGGGUUGUCUCAGAGCAACUACCACCCAAGCAUUUACAUGGAUUUACCAGAACCCGUCGCCAUGCUCGAUGUUCGCCCUAGUGCCCAAAAGUAUAACGACAGCGACUCGCCUGUCUGGACCAGACUUUCAGCGGACGAGGACUUUCUGGUUUAUUGCUUAUUUCGAGUUCAUGGGCAACAAAUCAGGGGCGUCCAAACUCACGCUCCAUUCCGGUGCUUGGUAGUAUACGCCAAGUGGGCAGGUGAAUCUCGACAGGAAGAUGUGAUCAAAGCCUACGUGUGGACAGAGCACUGUGACUUCUGGCCUGAAAUCGUCAGGUUGGUGGAUGGACCAAAUGAGACCUGCGAAGGAUCCAGUAAUUACCAGCUGCACAAGAUGCUCAUCAAGAACGGAGUUGCGCCGGAUGAGAAGACAACUGCCACUCACGUCGAUGAAGAGACUGUCGUUACUGUCAGGCUGGAUGUAUCCCAGGCUUCAUUGCAUCACAUGCUAGAUAUAUCUGUCGAGAGAUCCGCUAUCCAGGAAUAG